UUGUGGUACUGAGGGAAUGGCAAUCAGAAGGCGUUCUUCUCGAAUACUUUACAUCAUUUUUUCCUGUUUGUUCUUUUAAAUAAAGCAAUGGCUUGAAAAUAAUUUUUUUCAACCAAAUUCAUGAACUCUAAAUCAAAGUUUAUGUAAAUACAAACCCGGUGUUUAGAUAACAAUGUGUCGUGGAUGGUUACUGUAACAAGUUUUAUUUUCAUUGUUUUCCUACGCUCGGUUGUCGCGAAUGGCAAUGCCUGAAGUUUGAAGAUACCCCUGUGAACUGGAACGACACUGGCUUGGUAUGGAACAUUUUGGAAAGCCAACCGUCUGAAUUCUCAUUCCUGCAGUACGAUUUUUUACUCCAAACAAUGAUACUUAUCCUCAUCAUCGGCCGGUGGCUUCUCCCUCAAGGCAAACUGUCACGUGACCAGCUGUUGCAACUUUUACUCAUCCACAUUGGCUUGGCGGCCGACAGUCUGGAAUUUCUCACCGAUUCACUGGCCACUCAACUGAUGGAUCGAAAGGGCGUCAUUCUGGUUCUUAGCUUCUGGAGUUGGAGCCUGCCUCAGUUUACUCUCACCUUGAACCUGACGAAGACAAAAAAGUCCAGGGCUUCAAAGAGUCGAAAGGACCCCAGGGCUUCCACGGGUCGAGAAGACCGAAGACGUUCUGCUGAGGAUGGGAAGGACUUUUAUGACUGGCCUGAACUCUUCUUCGCCACGGAGCUGUGGUCGAUAUUUGUGACUACCGUCCUCAUGCAAGAUUUGCCCUUUUUAGUGGUUCGUGUGUGCCUCAUGGUAUCUGCGGUACCAUUAGUGAUAGAAAACAAGACGAUACUGUACUUCUCCUGCAAGAAUAUCCUGGUCAUACUGGUGCAGAGUUACCGGAUGGCUGCCAUUGUGUCUGAGAACCGCAAAAGGAGGGCGGCGUGGCAAUCAUGUACCGUUUGUAACACAGAUAUCGAUGCAGAGAGUCAGGCCACCUUUAAGGUCUCAAUAAGGCAAGGUCCUAAGGAACUCACACGAAUCAAGCCAGAGGCGUACGGACUUAAGUGGAAUGUGAAAGCUCUGAACUACUUUCUUCACGCCCAAAAAACANCUGGUUUCGUCUCACUGUUAAAACUAAAUCGCGUUCAGGACAGAACCAAGAUUUAGCCAAGAUUCUGGUACAAACCCAUACCCGAGGCCAGCACCGACUGUGUCCCGCUGUAGGGUCGUGUGGCUCUUCAGUUGUUAGUUGCUUUGGGUUUUGUUGAAACUUUUUUUUGGGGUGGUUCUGUUCCGUCACCUUAUUUGGGUCCAUUUAAAACGUGUUCACGAACUUACAUUAUAAAUCAGUUGGAAUAUUAAUACCGUUCGUUACAUCUAUACAAUUAAGAUGAGGCCAGAGAUUAGAUUACCCAGGGUACUGGACAUCAAUUAGAGGAUAGACUUAUUGGUGAUAAUGGCUCAGACAUUUUGCCUCAUUAGGAAAUAGGUCCGCAUCAAUUCUUCUGAUAGUGGCGCAACUUCUGAAAAAAAUUCGAGUUUGUAUAGGAAAUUACGUCCUACGGGUGCAUUGAUUUGAUGUAGGCCUAUAUUAACUAGUGUAAAAUAUACGGCCACUGCUGGGAUUAGCUAUGGACCAUCAGGUCAACGGCGGAUCUAUAGGGGACCAAC